AGAGCAGAAGAGACGCCUCGGGACAGCGCGCAAAUCUCCCUCUGAUCCUCUGGGAAAUAUGCAUCCUAACUUAGUGAGCUGGUUGGGGACUCUGGGGUUCCUGCUGUGGGCGCUGCUCUGCCUGGGCGCCCUGACGGAGGGAUACCCGGUGAAACCGGAGAACCCGGGGGAUGACGCCCCGGCGGAGGACCUGGCGAAGUACUACUCAGCCCUGAGACACUACAUUAACCUCAUCACAAGACAGAGGUAUGGAAAAAGGUCCAGUCCUGAGAUUCUGGACACACUGGUCUCAGAGCUGCUGUUGAAGGAAAGCACAGACACGCUCCCACAGUCAAGAUACGACCCAUCAUUGUGGUGAUGCUGUCAUCAGUGUUGGCUCCACAUCACUGCCGCCCCGCCGCCGCUGACAUUCUGACCUCUACACAUCUGUCACUACACACCUUCCUACACCAAAAGACCACCCUGCCUCUGCCCCCUUUACCUCUAUGAGCCGCCACGUAUAUUCGACCCCUCCUCAUUGCCCGACAGCUACAGUCACAACUGCUUAAAGUAUGUGCCAUAAAAUUGUAAAUAGUUUAUUCAGAGUUCUCAUCUGUGAAACAUAACAGUAAAGUGGAGGAGGGCAUGUUGAUUGUAUUGUAUAAUUGUGCUAUUA